AGAAGCCGACCGGUUCGGACGCCGCGCGAACUCUCACUCGGAAAUCAAAUUAAAAAAAAAUAAAAAUCGUAUUUUCCGAAUCAUAAUCUAUAACAAACAUUCAGUUCAGUUAAGGUGUUAUUAAAUUGUGUACUUUAUAGUUCGUGGUAAACAAUCCAAAGAAUGCCGCCCAUCAUCGGUGUGAACAAAUAACUAUACAAGAAAUCUGAGGUACCACAAUAGAUGGGCCACGGGUCUAAUGUCACGACACUAAGUGAUGAACAAAGGUGCAUACAUUCACAAUGCUAGCGGACGAUGACACACGAUCCAAACAUAAUGGCAGCUACUUCGGAACGACCGACACCUACAAUUUCUUAGAAGACUCAAGACUGAUAUCUUUGCUUAACAAACGAGGUGGCAACCACACCCCUAUAGAAGAAUGGCUGAAGACACUCGAAGAUUUAAGGAACAAAUACAAUAUCUCCGUUAUAAAGGAAUGCGACCGCUUCGAUUAUUGCUCGGGGGAAUUUCGGGAUCUGAUUCUGGGGUACAAUAGUAUACACGGAUACAUCAGUUUAUUGAUCUGCCUAUUCGGUAGCCUGGCCAACGCGUUGAACGUGGCGGUAUUGACACGCAGAGAUCUGGCCGCCGCACCCAUCAACCGCCUGCUCAAGUGGCUGGCCGUUGCCGACGUCUUCGUCAUGCUGGAGUACGUGCCGUUUGCUAUUUACAGAUACCUCUUGUUCCCGGGUCAAACGGAGCGGCCGUUCUCCUGGGCUGUAUACAUGUUAUUCCACAUGCACUUCACGCAGAUCCUGCACACUGCGUCGAUACUGCUGACAUUGUCGCUGGCCAUCUGGCGAUACAUCGCUAUCAAGUACCCGUCUCACGGUCCGUCCCUUUGCACUGAGAGUCGCUGCACCAUCGCCAUAAUGGUCAGCUUCCUCUUGCCUCCCAUACUCUGCAUUCCAUCAUAUUUUGUAUUCACAAUACACCAGGACUAUGCAUUAGACAACAUGCCAACCAAAGUUUACUACGUUGAUUCAAACUACGACGGCCGCCUGUACCAGAUAAACUUUUGGGUUCACGCUGUGGUCAUAAAACUACUUCCUUGCUUGAUUUUGACUGUGAUAAGCGCUUGGUUGAUACGUGUCUUAUAUCGAGCGAACAGUAGGAAGAAAGCCUUAAAAGGAUACAGCGCUUGUCCAGCAAACACCGUCGUGAAUGGCAAUGGUAAUAUAUUUACAAGGAAGUCAACAAAAAGAUCAAAAGCCGAACGUAGAACGGACCGGACAACAAGAAUGCUGGUUGCUGUACUCUUGCUUUUCUUGUUAACGGAGUUCCCGCAAGGAAUUUUGGGUCUAAUGAGCGGAGCUCUUGGCAGGUGCUUUUUCAAGCGCUGCUACGACUUGUUCGGAGAGCUGAUGGAUGCACUGGCACUCCUCAACGGGGCCAUCAACUUCGUGCUAUACUGCGCUAUGUCCAAACAGUUCCGGACCACCUUCAGGCAGAUCAUGUGGAACCGAUGCGGGCCGACCCCCCGCGCGACCUCCCACACCGAACUGCAGACCACUUAUGUAUGAAAGUUGCGUAAACCCGAUGGGGAGUUGGUGUAAGAAUGGACUACAAUAAAUUGUUAUGCUUUAGUUAAUGAAUCACGGUGUUAUGAGUGGCGUUUACUGUAAUAAUGUCUAAUUAUGAUUGCUGUUACUCUCUAAGUGAGCUUACACACACUUAAUUAUUGUCAACUAGCGGACGCCCGCGACUUUUUCACAAAUCCCGCGGGAAUCAAGGAUUUUUCCGGGAUGAAAGUAGCCUAUGUGUUAGUCCAGAGUGAAAUCUAUUUCCAUUCAAAAUUUCAGCCAAAUCGCUUUAGUAGCAAGGAGGAACAAACAAACACACAAACUUUCGUCUUUAUAUAAUUAGUGUGAUUGUGAGUGUGAUUUUAUCUAAGUAUAUACUACUAGCUGACGCCGCGCGGUUUCACCCGCGUGAUUCCCGUUCCCGUAAGAAUACCGGGAUAACAUAUAGCCUUCCUCGAUAAAUGGGCUAUCUAACACUGAAAUAAUUUUUCAAAUCGGACCAGUACUUCCUGAGAUUAGCGCGUUCAAUCAAUCAAACAAACAAACAAACAAACUCUUCAGCUUUAUAAUAUUAGUAUAGAUUUAAUAAGUACGAGUAUAUGCGUGGAAAAGUAAUACCUUACCUAAUUACGAGUAGGUAAGGUUGCCUCCCACACACAAUAAUAUUGUCAAUAAAGUAGGGUAAGGUUUUUUAAAUUGUACUCCAUAAGGAAAUGAUACAGAUCCAGACCACAUUUCGCCAGAUUAUUUGGAACCGACCCACCCCCACCUCC